CUUUACUCUAUAAAUCUACCCAGGAAAGAUGAGCUCCGCUGCUGCCCUGUUCGAGCCUCUGCGCUCCUGGCUCUCUUCCGAGAGCCUGCAGUCGUUCGUCAGCCAGCACACCCACAGCAUUAUCGCGCUGAAGAAGAAUGCCCCCGUCGGCGAGGCCCUGAAGACUCUGGGCGACAACAAGAUUCUGUCCGUGCCCGUUCUGGACGAUGAGGGCGAGUACCUUGGCGCCUUCUCCGUCGGCGACGUGCUGCGCGUGCUGAUGCAGGAGCUGGAGACCCAGCUGGGUCACGGCUGGUUCGAGCGCAUGUCCACCAUUAAGGCCGCGGAGCUUGAGGCCGUGGGCAGCGCCGUGUGCGCCAAGAAGGUGCACACCGUGACCCACCCCGGUGACCUGUGGCUGAAGGGCGACGCCAAGACCACCGUGCUGACGGUCAUCAAGGAGGGCUUCCAGGUGCUGGAGCCCAAGGGCCACCACCGCAUUUUCGUGGUGGACCCCGCCAAGGCCCACUCCGUGACCGUCAGCGGCAACACCGUGGUCAUCAACAUCAAGCCCGGCAGCGAGAAGCCCGAGGCCAGCGGCCUGCGCCCCACCGACAUCGUGUCGCAGCUGGACGUGGUCAAGCUGGUGAGCGAGCACAAGGACAAGCUGGAGCUGGUGAUGGACAAGACCCUGGAGGACCUGGAGAUCUUUGAGGGCUCCGUGUUUACCAUCCACGCCUCGGCCACCGCCCUGGAGGCCUUCCACCACAUGGCCCUGGACCACAAGUCCUGCCUGGGCAUUGUUGACAACACCGGCAAGCUGAUCGGCUCCGUGUCCAUCUCGGACCUGCGCUUCGUGGGCUCCAACAACUACGGCCUGCUGAUGAGCACCGUGGCCGAGUUCUCAGUCAUCAUCAACGGCAAGGGCCCCUCGGCUGAGGAGGCCAUCAAGGGCACCCGCGUGGCGGGUGCCGCCGACAACAAGUGGGCGGACGUGCUGAAGGCCGUGCCCCUGCCCACCCUUACGCCCAGCGCCACCUUCGGCAAGCUGCUGGAGACCAUGGCCGGCCAGGGCCUGCACCGCAUCUACAUCGUGGACGAGGACGGCAAGCCCGUGUCCAUCGUGACGCUGACGGACGUGCUGCGCGAGAUCAUCAAGCCCGAGGCCCCCCAGCACAACUUCAAGCGCAUGGGGACGAACGACCUUCCCGAGACCACCGACGACGAGGAGGGUGACGACGAUGAUGACGACGACGAGGACGAGGAGGAGGCCAAGUAAACGGCAUCGUUGCCUACUCGCGGUACUUGGGGACAGCGACAGAGCGGGGCUAAGCUGCGGGUUGUUGGUGCGGACUACUAACUGUUAGCAGCAGCAAGCUGCUGGGCCGGGCUCAGCGAUUGUCGGCAAUGGUGGUGCAGGAGUGGGUUCACUUGUGUGUGCGUGUGUGGUGCAAUAGCGUGGGUGGUGGCGACGGGGCCUGGGCGGCGGCUGGUGAUUGGACCCGCAGUCGGCCUAGAGGAUACGGCGGGGCUCCUGAGCUUGGAUGAGGUGAUGAGGUGGGCCGCGGUGGGGAAGGGCUGCAGACUUGGGCGCGGGGCGGGAGCGCGGGGCGGGACAUUCACAAGUACCGCGCGCCUGCGCCCAAGGGAGCGCCUUGAUGUGCAACGGCCACAGCUAGGGCGAAACGUGUUCUGCUGUGAGCCGUGAGCCCACUGUUGGCCCUUGAGUGCCAUCAGCCGGGUUGGAAGCGGCAAGGAGUGUUUCUGAAUUCACGGAGGACAGGCACCCGUUACAAGCCCCUUGCAUUGGAAGGGGCGUAGUGCAGGGGUGCAUUAAGCAUGAAUAAUUGAGGGCCCCGAGAGGGCCUGAUUACAGCGCCCUGCUUCCCACCAGGAGUGCAACAUUGCACGGCUGGGUCUGCAAGCACACCCGGAUGUAACCCAAAUCAUGG